AUGAAUACUACAGCUGCCAAGGUGGCCACGACAGCGGCCAACCAAGCUGCUCAGGCCACCAAAUAUGUGCCCAUCGCUGGACGCGAACUCAAGCAUUGGCAGACAGGCGUGGUGGUGUCGGCAGGCUUGAUGGACCGGACGGUGAAGGUGCGGCUCUGGGGCAAGCGGUGGGAGAAAAAAGUGUCCAAGUAUUUCAAAGUCCCCUCCUACCACCUCGUCCACGACCCCAACAACAGUGUUCGCAAAGGCGACGUAAUCGCCUGCUCCUCGGGCUGGAAGACGUCCAAGAUGAAGCGCUUCAUCGUGCGGCAUAUCGUCGCUCCAUGGGGCCCGGGUAUCCACGAACGACCCCCUGUUCCUGACGAAGACGAGCUGAUAGUAGCGGAACAAGCGCGGCGGGCUAAGAUGGAGGACAAAAAGGCGGCCAAGGCCAAGGAGGCACGGAGAUUGGCAGUGGAGGCGAAGCAGGCCAAGUUGGCCAAGAAGGCGGAGCGGGAGGCGUUUAUGAAUAAGAAUAAGGAACCGCAAGUACAGACGAGUAUCGAUGAUGUGGAUUGA